AUGACAUUAUUUUACAGAAGAGCUUUUGAAUCUAAUGAAAUUAUUUCUGGCGACACUUCUGUUCUACCCGAAUCUUCAAAUUCUCCAAAUUAUUAUUCUCCUUCACCUAUUAUUACCCCUUAUCAUGACAAUCCAAGUGUUAUAUCAAUUGAUUCCAAUGCACCAUUAUUAUAUACAUCAUUUGAUGGUAUUGACGAUGAUGAUAGAUGUGGAAGCGACGACGACGAAGGGUACAUUAAAAAUAAGUCCUCGAAACAUAGUGCAAAAAAAUUAUGGAUUGUCAUCGGAAUAUCACUGUUCUUUUUUUGUAUAGAACUUUCUGGCGGAUUUAUUACUGGAAGUUUGGCAUUAUUAAGUGAUGCGUUUCAUUUAUUGAGUGAUGUCGUUAGUUUUGCGAUUUCGCUAUUAUCUAUAUAUCUCGCACGACGACCAGCAACUAAAUUACACUCAUACGGAUUUCAUCGUGCUGAAAUUUUGGGAGCCUUAACAUCAAUUGUACUUAUUUGGCUUCUUACCGUAUCUCUAUGUGUGGAAGCAUAUGAUCGUAUCAAAAAUCCCAAAGAAAUAGAUGGGAAAAAAAUGUGUAUUGUGGCUAGAGUUUUGAUUUCUUCAAUAGCUAUUAUGAUUGAUCAGAAAAAUACUUGGGUUGAUCCGUUAUGCACAUUUUUAUUUUCUGCUUUAGUAAUGGCAACAACUUUUGGAAUAUUUAAAAAUGCUAUAAGAAUUUUGAUGGAAGCAACUCCAUCACGUAUUGAUGCACAUGCUGUUCAGAUUGAUUUAGAAUCAAUUGAAGGAGUAAAAAGUAUUCAUGAUUUACAUAUUUGGGAUUUAACUGUGGGCAAAACAGCUCUCACUGCUCAUCUUCGUCUUCAUGCAUAUAAUCCAGAUGAACGUGCUGAGCCAUAUAUGCCAUCUGUUAUAUUAUCCCAAGCCAGACGUCUUCUUAGGUUAAAAUAUAAAAUUUUAUCAGUAACAAUUCAGAUUGAUUCAUAA